AUGCCGAGAAUAAGAACGAACAGAGCGAAGCGCCCGCCAGCAGGGUUUGAGGAUGUGGAGCCCAUGCUGGAGGACUUUGCACAAAAGAUGAAGGACGUGGAGAAUGCGCCGCAUGAGAACAAGUCGAAGACUGGGACACUGGCUCCGAUCUUCCAAAUACACCAUCAGCGGUCCCGGUAUAUCUAUGACUUGUACUACAAGCGAGAGACGAUUUCGAAGGAGCUGUAUGAGUACCUGCUGAAGCAAGGGUACGGGGAUGGGAAUUUGAUUGCGAAGUGGAAGAAGCCUGGGUAUGAGAAGCUGUGCUGCCUGCGGUGUAUCCAGACGAAGGAGACGAACUUCAACACGACGUGCAUCUGCCGUGUGCCUAAGGUGAAGCUGGGUGAGGGCGAGUUGAUUGAGUGCCAUCAGUGUGGGUGCCGUGGGUGUGGGAGCAGCGACUGAGCUCUUGUUCUGAUGAUACUCUGAUGCUUUCCCCUGAUGACUGUCUCUCUCUUUUUCUCUCCAAUGUAUUCUCUCUACUGUCCUCUCCUUCCCUCUCUCUCACUGUCCUUCUCUCCCUCUCUACUCUUCUUUCCUCUCACCUCUCUUUACUCUCUUCUGUACUCUGCUCUCCCUCUGCUUCUGUUCUGUAUGCUGCCCAUGACGAAAUUGACAUGUGAUUGCCGGGAAUACGAUGCAAUAGAAGGCAGUAGACAGAGUAGAGUGGUAUAGAAGGGAUAGACAGUACAGAGUAUAGUCUUGACUUUGAUACUCCAUUCUCUUCCAUCCAGCUGCUAUCCAGUACU